UCUAAACGCCAUAGUAAAGAUAAACAAAAUAAAUCGAUUGUAUUUAUUCCACAUGUUUCUACUUCGUGAAGACAUUUUUAUUUCAUUCAUAGCUUGUGUAAACCAAAAUCAGCUGCUUCAAACAGAUGACAUGUUAAAAAGCGAAUAUAUCUUGAGGCGCAAAUAUUCGUUCAAUUGAUGUUUUAUUAUGACUAAUGAAUUUGCCAGAUCUGACAAAAAAGUUGCAGAAGUAGAUAUCAACGAUGUUUUCGAGGACCUGUUCCUAGCAGAAGAGAAACUAUCAGAGGAAAGUUACCAACGUGGAGUGGCGGCCGGCGUUUUGGAGGGAAACGUCGAUGCGUACCAUUUCGGUUACCAUCGUGGGGCAGAAAUUGGCGCCGAACUGGGUUUCUACUACGGAGUUAUUUGCGCCCAAGAAAGCAAUUUGGAGGAACCAAAAACUAAGGCAGAAAAUUUGUUGAGAGAAAUCAAGCAACAGAUAGAAGAGUUUCCCAUAACUAACGAUUUGGAAGUUGAUCUCCUGGAUAAGCUGCUGAAAUUGAGAAACCAAUACAAGAAACUUUGUGUUUUGCUGAAAAUAUCGGCAAAAUAUCCUAAACCGAAUGAGCUAUCGUUUUAGAUUAGUCAGAAUGGAAACAACCAAACAGCAGCUGGCAAAAAUGAUUGACUAUCUGAAGCCCCAGAUGGAAUUCCUAAACUGUCACAUGGUCGAUUACUUGACGAAGAACCAUUGGCAAACGUAUGUCCCGGUGGAGAUAAGAAAGGAA